CCGCGCCUUCAUUUCCGUACACUAGCAUGAACAGGAGCAACGAGGGUUACUGUGAAGCAUCCAUACUGCAGUUAUCAUAAGAGCUGAACAAAAUGUCAGAUUCAGACUCUGAUUAUGAUAAUGGUGUCUUGGGCAGCACCAGAGCAUCUUUGAAAAUGGAAGAUACGGUCAUCACCUUUCGUCCAUCAGAGGACAUUUUUAACCGAUGGUAUGAUAUCCCUGUUGACAAAAAAAGAGAAGCAGUGCAGAGGAUGAAAAUUUGUUCCUUCUGGCUUCCCAUUCUGCUGCAGCGUGAUGAGUGCGUUACUGUUCGCUGGGCUAUUGAAAUAGGUCUAAUCAGCGCAAAUGAAAACAACGAUAUAAAUCUAAAGCACAUAAGAAGAAUAGAAAUAGUAGAAACGAUCUUCAGGGCCUUGGAGAGAGGAUUUGUAAAAAGGAAUGAGUCAAAACAUAUUGUUCUACUUAGCAACAGGCUUAACUUGCGCAGUGUGGAGGUCUCGGAUGAUGCGUUUCGCUGGUUGCUGCGAACAGGAGAACCUGAUAUACAAAAGCGAAUGGCUGAGCUCAACUCCAGAGACACCUGCUUCACAGCUCUCCACUUCAUCUUCACAGAGUAUGCCAGGCUUAUUCAGGACAUGGGUAGCAGCCCAGAUAGGCGGAUGCAGGAGCUGAUGGCUCGACCGUUGGACUUUUAUGUUGAGAAAAGUGAAGAGAUGAAGAAGAAAGGAAACGAGCACUUUGAGAAACAGCAAUAUGAAGAAGCGGUGAAGUAUUAUUCUAAAGCCAUCGAAUAUUACCCUGACAAUCACAAACUUUAUGGAAACCGAGCCCUAUCCUUUAUCAGGUGUAAGAAAUAUCUAAAAGCGGUCGGCGAUGGAAAACGUGCCACUCUGAUUAAACCUGUGUGGGCAAAGGGUCACUACCGUUACUGUGAGGCCUUGUUCUCCUUGGGACACUAUGAAAUGGCAAUCAAAGCAAACAAGUUGGCCCAGAUGCUCUGUAAAGAUGACCACGAGGGAGUCAAAGAUCUGGAAACACAGUUCUACAAAUACACAACACCACAUCCAAUGGCACAUCCAAUGACACAUCCAAUGGCACAUCCAAUGACACAUCCAGUGGCACAUCCAAUGGCACAUCCAAUGGCUCAUCCAGGCCCACCUCGAGGAUAUGUCUCAGCUGGACCACUAGAGCAAGGUCAAAGUUUAAGACUCGGCCUCGUGACACCAUCUCAUAAGAGUUAUCCAGCUGCCAGCACGUCCCCAAAGGUAGUAAACAUGGACAAGCAGACAAGAAAAACUGAAAGGACUGCACAGAAGAACAGCAACAGUAAAGACCUUAAACCAUCUAAAAGCGAGCCGCUUUCGAAGAGUGAAACGGGAGAGUCCAACGCCACAGCAAAGAAGAAAUCAAAGAACAAAACUAGUCAUCCUGGAAAACAGAGCCAGGUAGUGGUUGACGGUAAAGCCGACAGAUUGAAAGAGUUCAGAUCUUUGGUGGAAGAUGCUCACACUGCAAUGGCUGACCUCCGUACCCGCAACGCAGAGCAGGCCUUCAGCAGGGCGCUGACCUUACUGGAAACUGUAACACCCAAGGAACUUGGACUUUCAACAAUAGAUGAGCUGUUGUUACUGUUUGGCCAUGCGUCAGCCCUGAUACAGAUCGGCCGGCCGGAGGAACUGACAGGAGCAGAAAAACUGCUGGAGAAGAUCAAAUCAUACGACGAGAGGACGUUUCAGUGUCUAGUUUACUACACCUUUGGCAAGCUGUAUCUCAGGGAGAACAGGUUUGCAGUAGCUCUGGAGCAGUUUUUAGAUUCCCUGCAGAUGGUCAAGAAUCAAAUAACACCUGGUAAACUCACCUGGCCUUUAACAAAAGAGAUUGUCAAAGAAACACAGCCAGACUAUUUCAAGGAAAUUCUGGAAGAUGCUAUAGAGUUGUGCAAGUUUCCUCCCCUUCCUGAUGCCAUUUGUCGCCUUGACAAAUGUCUUUGCCCAGUGAAAGCUGAAAUCUACUUUACUGACCCAGAUUUUAAAGGCUUCAUUCGGAUAUGCUGCUGUGAGGACUGCACAGUUGAAUAUCACGUCACGUGUUGGAAGACCCUGAAAGCGUCAGCCUUCUCAGAAAAGAGUGAAAAGGAUUUGCUGCAAGAAGCUUGUUUGACUCCAGACUGCAUCGGUCAGAUCUGUAGUAUAACAAUCUUUUGUCCGACGGGCGUGGUGAAGUGUAAGUUUGAAGCUGCAGUCCCCAAACCGCAGACUGUGAAGAAGCCAAAGGUGAAUCAGAAAUGUACAAGUCUGAAGAAGUUGAAAUCAAAGGAGGAGCACACGCUAAGGAGGAAGCAGCAUAAAGUGUCUUUUCAGGAUAAGGAGGAUAAGCAGAUUCUGCAACAGCAGCAAGACUCGGCAGCUCCGAGUCAGCAGAAAGUCUGGUUAGUGUACAGAGAUCGAGUUCUUCUGCAGAUCAACCAGAACGUGGAGCUUCUGAGGGGGGAGAAUGGCCUCCAUAUUUCUGUUCUCUUCAGCAGUCUGAAACCCUGGUUGGAGCUGGACUUUGCUAGGGGGAACCAGCUAGCUGGAAGGAUGCUGAACUGGCAGCAGGAGCAACUAGAGACUUUAGGACAAGUUGUUGAGCUGCUGCUGGAGAGGAAGAACCGGGUUUGGGCUCGUGUAUUUAUCCAGGAGCUCAGUAGCUGUGUGAACAUAAAUCCCAAACUCAGCAAUUGGGUGCACCGGCUCAAUGAUGGAGGUCUGAAUGCUGCCCAGAGCUUCAUUGAACGCUACGCAGGACGCUUGGAGCAACUGGACUUGUCUCUUCUGCUAAAAUUUGGACCUUUACAGGAUAUGAUUAUAGAGAAGUUGGGCACGAGCCCGGAGUUAUUUUCAAGCAUUGGCUUAACUGUGACUGAAUACCUUAAACAGGCCCCGCCACAUGACAUGAGACUCUUUAUCUGGACUAUGGACGAGCAUAGGGAUGAGUAUGUCUCCUGCCACUCUAUUCUGGAUGAAUAUUUUGAUAUGUUGGAUGGGCAUUGUUCGGUCUUAAAAAAGUCAGAUGAAAGUCAAAAUAAUUCUCCUAUCAAAGCUAAGAGUCGAGGCCGGAAAAAGAAACAGAAAGAGCCAAAGGGUGUUAUUGUUUUGUCUGGGAUGAGAAGUGUUAAUCCAAGGGAUGAGUGGGACCAAGAGUUUUUUGAAGAUGAUUCUUUAUCAUUCCUUGACACGCUCGAUUCGUUCACUGUGCCGAGCCACCUUCGAGACCAAGUGGCGGAAUUCGAGGAUCAGUAUGACGGCAGGAGACACAGAAGUCACUAUAAACAUAUUUUGGACAACAGCCCUGACUCAACAAAAGAGAGUUUGUAUGACUACUUUGCUCAGAUCUUGGACGAACAUGGUCCCCUGGUAGCUGAAGACCCUCUGCUGGUGGGUGAACUUGAAAAUUUCCCUUCUGAGGCUAAGCGAAAGAUCGAAGCAGCUGGGGGCUUCGAGCCGUUUCUCCUGGACUCCCUUCGCUUCAUAAAGAUCGGGAGGUGUAUUGGCCUGGCGAAGCAUGCCGUGUCCCUGCAGCAGGCUGAACGUGGAGCCAGCCUGGACGAUCUGGACGAAAUAGCUGAUCCGGACAAUAACUCUGAAUCUCCUGUUUUGUAUACAGGCGAUGAAACUAGUUUCACAAGCUAUAUGCAUGACUAUUCAUCUGCACAGACUGAAGGCUAUCCAGUGCUCCCAAAUCCUUAUGCAUCUGGUUUUCAGCCCCUAUACCAGCCAGUGAUUGGGUCCUACUUUGCUUGGAGUAACGGUGAUGAUCAGGAGCCAGACAAUAACUUUUUACCCAAUGGCUACGAGGAUCUGUAUCUUGAUCCCUCUGAGUUUAACCGUGGAGUUUGGGAAACUAAUGCAACUUUAGGGACGUCGGUGGCAACCAAUGAGAUCUUUUUGAGCCAUGCAAGCCAUGCAGCAGUGCAGACAUGCCAGGAGGCCAUGAGGAGUGUAGCGGUGAAUACGGAGCUUCAUGAGGGCUUUGAGAAAUCCCAGGGUGACAUCAACAAGCAGGAGAAGAGCAACAGGUCGCUGGAGCAGCAGAUCAAGAAAAUGACAAAUGACAAAGUAAAUGUAGGCGAGAGAGAAGACGUCGUUUUACUGCAGGAGGAAGUGCAGAAGAUCACAGCCAAUAUUCAAGUCACCAAUAAGGAGCUGACGCUGUUCCAGCAGAAGCUAGAGGAGGAGGUGAAGAAGGACCAGAAGGAGAAGAAAGCCAAUCAGGAAGCACUGAGGUCCCUAAAGCAGGAGAUAGAAGAGCUGUUGGAGCAACAAGGGAGACUUGCCCAAAGCAUCCAGGAGAAGAAAACGAGCUAUGAAGCCAAGCUGAAUGAUUUCUUAGAGCUGAGUAAUCAGUUAGCAGCUGAAAAGAUGAGUCUGGAGGAUGAGAUCAAACGAUGUAAAACAUUGAUUAGCUCGGUUACCAGGAGGUCUCACACAGCUCAGCUGUCGCUAAUGGAGAGCAGUCGGGAUCAGAGCUUGCACGGCCUCUACAAAGAGCUGGCAGACGCCAAGGCUUUGCUGAACAAACUGGAUGAAGCACUACACAGAUUCCCAAAUCAAGACCUGGAAGCAGCGAGAAACGGCUGCAGAGACAAGAUCAAAGAAGUGGAAAAGAGAAUCUCCACUGCUGAGCGGCAGUACCAGGAUCAGAUGGAUCAGGUGAACACCGGCAGGCGAGUCACUGAGAUGCAUCUGGUCAACAGCCAUCCUGAACCUGCAGCUGCUCCAGUAAAACCAGUACAAAAACUUUCUGCAGCAGCCAAAGAGUUUACUGUUCAGUCUUCAGCUCAGGCCUCACGUGGCACUCCUCCACCCAUCCACCACUCUGCUCCCCCUGCGGCUGAGGCACCGGCCCCGCCCUCUCAGCACAAACAUCCAAUCAGGACAUCUGAGCCAGGACAGCAGCCCAGCACAGUGUUUGGCAAAGCCAUGGAGACGUUGUCCACCAUGUUCCCUGACUGUACAAGGUCGGAGUUGAUGAGGUUUGUUCAGGAGCUGCGUUCAUCCAGCGGUGGAAGUUUUAGUAGCAUGACUUUACAGGAUGUAGUUGGAGGUGUGACCCAGCUGAUCCUGGACCAUCAGGAGAGGCUUAACUCGACCAGAUCCAGCGUUCUGGGUCGUGGGAGUCCAGCUCAGUGUGCUACCCCUCCGUUGAUGAACCCAGCACCGGUGUGGCAGCCAAUCGGACAACAGAGAGUCAGAAGUUCCAACGCUCUGAACAUGGAGGAUCCCUGCAUCAUCUGUCAUGACGAAAUGAGCCCGGAUGACACCUGCGUGCUGGAGUGCAGACACAGCUUCCAUAAUGAGUGCAUCAGAUCGUGGCUGAAGGAGCAGAGCACCUGUCCAACCUGCAGGACUCACGCCCUGCUGCCAGAAGAUUUCCCCAUGCUGACUGGCCGGAGACGCCCAGCUCCAUGAAGUCUUAACCUUGCUUCCUCUCACUGCUCAUGUGUAUGCUUUUAUCUUUUUGCUUUUCUUAUUGCAUUAAAAUCUAAAAAGUCUUUUGACUUUUUUUCUUUUUUUUUUAAAUGAAAGGUUUCAUGUAAUUGAAAGAAAUAACUGUUCCGUGUUGGUGCUCGGGGUUAUUUUAUGGUGGCUAAAUUUGCCAUAAAAUAAGAAGGGUUAUUUUAGAUUUGUGGACAGCUGCUGAGACUCCUGCAGCUGGUGAAUGAGCGGCUGUGGAAGUCCCAGUAAAUCCACAAUGUGCCGCUUUCAGACUUGAUUAAACAAGUCUUCAUCUGUGAGCUUCAGAGCAGCUACCAGGGUGAAUGUUUGGGAUUUUUCUUUUUUAAAUUUCUUUAUUUUUAUCUUCAUGCUAAGCUGUGCUAACCAACUGCUGGUUAUGUCUUUCUUAUGUGACUUCUGGAAAUAAAAUAAGAGGAAAGUGUUGGUUUGGACUCAGAGAUGCUCUGACAUCAGACCUGAAACACUAGCUGUACUGGAAAAAAAAUAUUAAAGUUAUAAAACCCACUUGCAUUCUGACCGACUCAUUUAAUCAAGCUGUACUCUCAGGUGACUUUCACUUUUCUGCUGCAGCUCUGAGGUUUUCAGGACUAGACCCACAGAGCUGCAGCUGAUUGGAUGUCAGCUGGACU